GGUUUAAAGUCUCAAACUUAUGAGGUUUAUCUUCAUAAACCGUAAGGUUUAUCACUCCAAAUCCUCAAAAGUUAAUACACAAAGUAUGUAUGCACUAACAAAACUCAUCAACGUCCCUAUGUAACAAAAUCGAACAUCGAAACUCCUAACAUCGAUCAGGCUAAAGCAAAGAUUUGUCUAGAUAAAUUCUAAAAUCCUAUAAGCAGUCACCCCCUCCAUUUAAGGGAAUAUUUUUCACACAUUUUCUUAGCUGAAUUCCCCCUCGAAAUCUUAUGCUAAUACAAGUUUUAAUUUAAUCAAUUUUAACGAAGCCCGCGUACAAUGAGUUGAUAAAAAUCUAAUGAAAAUCAGAUCUUAAACUCCAGGAGCUUACGUGAGGGAAUUGUCUAAAUGCUCAUGAUUGUCAACAGAGCUAAGAGCAACUGGAAAAAUACAUCUGUUAUUUCUUCCAAUGGGAUUAAUUCAUUAUGCGAGAGAAGAAUUCCUAACACUAAGUCUUGUGUUCUGUGUUUGAUGGUUAACGAAAUCCCAUUUUCUAAAUUUAGUUUUCGCGGCGGGAAUUGUUUCAAAAUGAAAAAGAUUUAAGAUACAUUUUUGUUUUUUAUUUUCUUGAUUAGUUUUGGACACCAAGAUGAUGUUCUUCGCGAGAAUGCGGUACAAAUUUCUAGAGCAAGCGCUGGUUUACGUUCUAUUUUUAAUACCUUUGCUUCAAAACGGAUUCGGUCGUGUGGUGAUUAAAGGGUUAAGUGACCGUAUUGUUUCCACACGGUACGGGAAAGUCAGGGGUGUGUUGGUGGAGUUUGAGAACCAGUUACUACGCAGAAGAGUCGAGGCUUACUACGGCCUGCGGUACGCCGACCUGGAUAACGGCGGGAUGAGGUUCAUGCCUCCGAAAAACCCAAAAGAAAACUGGAAUGGGAUUCGGGUGGCCGUUGACCACAGUCCGGUCUGCCCCCAACCGAUCAGACACGAGCGGGAUUACAGCCAGCAGCUACCCGAGGGUCGGGUGACCCAUCUUAGGAAUAUUACACCGUUCCUGAGUAAACAGAUGGAGGAUUGCCUUAAUCUAAACCUGCACGUGCCUAUUCAAGAAUGGAACGAAACGACGCCCAUGGCUGUAAUGGUGUUUGUACACGGGGAAAGCUACGAGACAGGAACCGGAAACGCCUAUGACGGGAGUGUCCUGUCAAGUUUUGGAAACGUCAUAGUGGUCACUCUAAACUACCGGCUGGGCGUGUUAGGUUUCCUAACCACGGGGGACAACUUCGCCAUGGGGAAUUACGCCCUCCUAGACAUCACACAAGCCUUGCUAUGGCUGAGGGAAAACAUCGCAAGCUUCGGUGGAGAUCCGCAGAAGAUAACUCUUUUCGGACACGGGACUGGUGCAGCACUUGUUAAUUUACUCUUGUUAUCUCCCUUCGUGUCAGUCUCAGAGAACAAGGUAAACUACUUCCAAAGGGCCAUCCUCCAGAGCGGCUCGGCCACCAGCACCUGGGCCAUGUCCUACGACCCCAAAUGGUGCAUGGAGAAACUGGCCAUGAACGUGAACUGCUCACACCACACCCCAAACACGCUCAUGCUUACUCACUGUCUGCGAGAGAGAUCGUUCGCGGAUUUGGUCAGGUCCGCCCCGGAAGCGCCUAAAUACUAUUCCUGCUUCGCUCCAACAAAAGACACAGGGUCCGUUCUUCCUAAAGAAUUAAGUGAACUUAUCAAGGAACCACAUUCGAAAUUCGCGUCGGUUCCUGUCAUGUUCGGGAUUACUAAAAACGAAGCUUACGCCUACUUGAAGCAAUCCGAUAUCCGGAAAGGGAUUUCCGAUUUUCGGAAAACUCAAAUUAUUCGCACCUAUGUUCAGAAUGUGUUUCGGUACCACCGGCAGAAAAUCUUUGAAAUUCUAGACCAUCAUUACACUGAUUGGAGCCGGCCCCCCGACCCCCGGGUCAACCGGGCCAGUAUUCUGGAGCUACUGAGUGAUGGCCAGUACGUGGCCCCUCUGAUACAAAUGGCCAACUACCACGCGGAGAAGGCCGAUACGUAUUUGUAUUCUUUCGGCUACUCAACCCAAUCAGACCCGCAGAAUGAAAGCGAAGAUAACGUCCAAGGUAUCCAUGGUGAUGAGCUGCCCUACGUCUUCGGGUCGCCCCUGGUAAACGGCACCUCCCCGUUCCCGUCCGUCUACAACGACGCUGAGCGGAUGAUGGCGGAGGCUGUGAUGACCUACUGGACCAACUUCGCCAAAUCUGGGAAUCCGAACGAACCAAGAAACCAGACAUCAGUGUUUGGUGAGAAAGUCAACAACAGAUUCGUCGAUUUAAAGUGGCCCAAGUACAACAAGGAAAAACAGGAGUAUCUUGCAAUUGAUCCUUCUGAAUCCACAGGUCGAAGGCCACUGGUUCGAAACCGCUACAGGGCAUCCAAAAUGGCCGUCUGGCUUGACCUGAUUCCAAAAAUAGAUCGCAGCGAUGGCGAGGACGCGGCGUCGCACCAGCUGGAUCAUUUCGAUAACCUGUCGACGUUCGAUGACUCUGAUCACCUUGUGCCGAAUGACGAUAGUGUUUUCCCCUCGCCCCCGCCAAUGCCGCCCACGCGUCCAACGCCCUUUCCCUACCAGAAGGACGACAGCGGCACGACGCACUACCCCCACUACGCAGGCGUGACGGUGGAUGAGCACAACUUCGAGGGCGACACGCUCAACUUCAACCACCACCAGAGCAGCCAGCAUACCGGACUCCCCAACAGCAGCAAAAACGCCGCACACGGGAACACCUACGAACCGGACAUGACGUCAGAGCCGAUCAAAUCUGAACAUAAAACAGCUACAACGGGUGUUCCGUUGAGUAUUGUGGUAGCAAUCGGUGGUUCUCUUUUGCUUAUUAAUGUAAUUAUAUUCGCUGGGCUGUGCUACCAAAGGGAGAGAAUGAGAAAAAUGAGACUUAUAAGUAAACCGAUUCCUCCCCCUGAUAUGGAUAUUGACGACUUGAGGUUGACGAGGAAAAUUGAAUCAAACAGGAGCUCGCCUUGUAUUCAUGGUGAAUGCGGUACCGGGCAUGAAUGCGUCAGUCUAAUCUCAGGCGCUGACUCCCACCAGCAGACGGCGUCACCGUCGAAAAUGUGUCAAGGCAGCACUCACGUGCAUAAUCCAAGCCCGCAGCCCAGUUUACACAGCAAGAGGGGCCAGUCUCAGACGAGAACGACGCCGCCCCUGGAUCCCAUUGUAUGCAACUACACCCCCGUCCCCACACAGGUCACGUCCCCCAUGCACCGCACCCACGUGGGCGUCUCUCAGGGGGGUGCGAUGGGACCAGGCGCGGACACCAACACCUACGUCAACAGCCAGCCCCGCCCACCGUCCGACGCCAACCACAAACCUGACGGCGUCAACCUCAGCACGUUUGGCACCGGUCACCACAACAUCAGCGGCCGCGGCAACCACACAACAGCAGCGGUCAGUGGGUCAGUUAACAAUGUCCCCACCUCGACCCCCAGCGGUGCAGUCGACGACCCCCUUUACAAAACAAUCAACAAAUCCGGCCAAACCAACGCAGUAACAAUCCUUCUUUAUAUUUGUAGAAAUCAGAAAAUAUUAUCUGGUAAACUUCGUACUGACUCAGUGUCAUUAUUGUCAGAAACAGAUCCUUCUGAAUCCACAGGUCGAAGGCCACUGGUUCGAAACCGCUACAGGGCAUCCAAAAUGGCCGUCUGGCUUGACCUGAUUCCGAAAAUGAAUCUUUACGACGGUGGGGAUAUGUCGACGCACCUCCUGAAUAAUUUUGAGAACCUCUCGACCUUUGACGAGCCUCAGUGUUUGAUCCCCAACAAAGAUGUCUACCCCCCUCGAGCCACCGCCCCCUCCACCAUCUGCACAACGGCUUCCGGUUACGUCGAUAGAGUGGCUGAAACAACUUCCGACAACACGGAAGUCACAACCGGGCAGCCUUACCAGCCGAACAGCGAGCUACCCAACAGCACGAAAGGUAGCCCGGACCCACAUGCUACCCCCGAGCAGAUGCAAUCCACACACAAGGCUACCUCUACUGGUGUUCCGUUAAGCAUUGUGGUAGCAAUCGGUGGUUCUCUUUUGCUUAUCAAUAUAAUUAUAUUCGCUGGGCUGUGCUACCAAAGGGAGAGAAUGAGAAAAAUGAGACUUAUAAGUAAACCGAUUCCUCCCCCUGAUAUGGAUAUCGAUGAUCUACGAGUUAAUCGAAAGAUGAAAUCAAACCGGAGCUCGCCUUGUGUUCAGGGUGAAUCUGGUACUGGGCAUGAAUGUGUGAGUUUAAUUUCUGGAGCUUCAGCUCAUCAGCAGGUGACGUCGCCGUUGAAGAAUUGUCUUAGUAACACUCACGUGCAUAACCAAAGUCCGCAGCUCAGCGUGCACAGCAAGAGGGGUCAGUCUCAGACGAGAGCGACGCCGCCUCUGGAUCCCAUUGUAUGCAACUACACCCCCGUCCCCACACAGGUCACGUCCCCCAUGCACCGUACCCACGUGGGCGUCUCUCAAGGUGGGUCACUCGGCCAAGGCGUAGACCCCAACACCUACAUCAACAGUAAACCACGCCCACCGUCCGACGCCAACCACAAACCUGACGGCGUCAACCUCAGCACGUUUGGCACCGGUCACCACAGCAUCAGCGGCCGCGGCAACCACACAACAGCAGCGGUCAGUGGUCCAGUUAACAAUGUCCCCACCUCGACCCCCAGCGGUACAGUGGACGACCCCCUUUACAAAACAAUCAACAAAUCCGGCCAGCACAAUGCUGUUACAAUCGUCUAGCUCCGGACCCCUAUACCUGAACCUUCUCAUAAUUUAACACUGGACCCCUACACAUCAAUCUACUCAUGUUCUAACCAUGACCCCUACAAUCUUCUCAUCUUGUAGACCAGACCCCCAUACAAUCCUCCAAUCAACUAA